GGGACCUGGCUGCUGGGCUGGGCGGCCGCGGCCUGCGACACCGGGCAGCACGGAGGGGGGGGUGGCCUUCCUCGAUUACCCGUGCCCCCUCCCCAGCCUCCAGGCCCGGCUGGUCCAAUACAGCCUGACCCUCCACAGCAGCGUCAUGCAGGAGCGGUCACAGUAAUUUGCAGUAUCUGUCUCUGACGUGUCCGAUGCGCCGUUGCUGCAUUUGUCACUGUCACAGCCGCAUGCAUCAGAGCGCACCGCAUCUUCCCUACCGCGCCUGCUCUCCCAGCUUGGUAUCGCCCGCAGACUUGAUACGUGCACUCUCUUUGCCAUUAUCGAUAUCACUGAUGAAGCUAUUGACCAGACCCAAUCCCAGCGGGACCCCACUCGUUCAUCCUGUGAGCCACUGGUAACUACUCUCUGGGAACAGUUUUCCAGCCAGUUUUGCACCCAACUUAUAGUAGGUUUGUCUAGGCUCUUUCCCUAGUUUGCUUGUGAGGUCACGUGACUCCGCCCCAGAAGCCUUACUAAAGUCGAGCUCUACCGUUCCCCUCGCCCAUCACAAAGCUCUUACCCUGUCAGAGGAGGCCAGUAGGUUAGUUUGACAUGAUUUGUUCUUGACUUAUCACCAUAUUAUCUUCUAGCUGCUUCCAAAGUGAUUGCUUGAUUACUUGCUCCAUUAUCUUUCUGACUGGCCCAGAAUUCCCUGGGCUGUCCUUUAGAGCUAGAUACGGUAUUUGCUGAUCCAUCACCUGGGGCUAAAAAUACUUCCCAAACUUACCAGACCAGGACUGGUCGCACUCCACACCUGCAUUAGCAAUUGUAUUUAGAAGCUUUCUGCCAAUUUGGGUCAAAGUCAGCCUCCGGUGGGCCGCCCCCUGGCACUUUGUGUGUUUACAGGUUUUUCUGCCUGGAUGCCCAAUGCCCGUGAGGUGGGUCACUCGCCCUCUGACCUGACCCAUCCCCAGCGCCUGGCACUGGCCAUGUGGGUACCAUGCUGGAGAUGGCACGGGCAGCUGGCGGAGGCCGUGGACAGCUGAGGAAAAGCAUCCAGAGGGUCUGGGAUGGAAGAGGGGUGGCAGGUGGUGCGGGCCUGGGGCAAUGCGGGCAGGUGAGCACAGCCACAUGUAGUGGGUCUAGGGGCCAGCUGGCAGCAGCUCCCAUAAUGGAGGUGGCAUUGAUGGAGGAAACGGAUGGGAGGUCCCAGUCCAGCUCUGUACCUGGCUGCAGGUUAUUCCCAUCCCCUCCAUGGCAAAUGGGGUGGAGCUGGCACCGUGGGGCUGGCACUAGGCUUACAGGGGAACCAGCAGGUGCUCCCCAUUUCUGAUCCCCCCCUUCUCACGCCCCAGGCCUUGCUGAAGCACCCCAGACCCCGCCGCUCACGCUCUGUAGGGGGGAGGCCUACGGCAGCCUGGCGAGGCCCCCAUGUGUUGGACAAGGCACUGCCGAUGCCCGAGGGACACCUCCAGCCGCGCUCCAGGAUCACUGCCAGCAGCAGGAACAAGUCCGGGAGCCCGACACCAGAGCUCCCAGGAGCCAGCGUGGGCCCUGAGCACAGCCAGGCAGGGGGUGGGGCGACCCUUGAGCCCAGAGGUGACCAGAAUCACCUGGACACAGCGCCAGCCUCUGGCAGCUCCCUGAACACCCGAGCCACAGGUGGGCAGCACUCAGCCCCCAUGCUACCAUCAACAGACGCUCUGCCACAGGCCAGUGCAACUCCAGGAAGUGUCAAUGGGCCUGCGGCUCCGCCCCCCCCAACGCCCCAAGUGCAGGAGGGCCCUGGGCGCCUGGCAUGCUCGUGUCCCAACGCUGGGGCCCAGCGGGGAGCUGUGCCGGAGGGGCAGGCCCCACAGGCCUACGUACCCACGCCCCGCACAGAGGAAGCGGCCUGGGCCGCCAGCGCCCUGACCUUCCUGCUGGUGGUGCUGACCCUCGCCAUCCUGUACACCCGGCUCCACCGCAAGUGCCGUAAGAGCCAGAGCCUCUACUGGGCCCCAGGCGACGCGGGGCAGGAGCCCCUGGCCGCUCUGCUCAGGAGACGGCUCCUGUCGGCCCCCAGCAGGCGCAAGAAGCGGCAGCGCCCCCAGCAGAGGCGGCUGCUGCUCCAGGGGGCGUCGAGCGAGAGCUCGGACUAGCGGGGAGCGCGUGGGCAAGACACACCUGGGGCCGGGGCUGUGCUGUGGGGGCAGCUCCCGCUUUGUGCUGAAUAAAGUGUUCGAAGAGA